UGCAACCAAGCGGUUAUGCUCGCUGAAGUUAGCUAAUGACGGGCGUAUUUCUUUGACUGGUUAUACAAUUACAAAUAAAACACACAUCAGGAUGUUUACAAAAGCGUUUCGGGUGAAGUCCAAUACCGUUAUCAAAGGAUCCGACAGGAGGAAGCUGAAGGCGGACGUCUCGGCUGCCUUUCCGUCUCUGUCUGCUGAAGACCUCAAUGAGCUCGUGCCGAACAAAGAAGAACUGAACGUUGUCAAAAUCUACGCGCAUAAAGGAGACGCUGUCACUCUGUACGUGCUGCACAGGAACCCCAUGUUCUUCCAGCUGGAGAAACAGCUGUAUCCUACAGUGUACACGCUUUGGCGAUAUCCUGACCUGUUACCUGUCUUCACAACAUGGCCUCCAGUGGUGCAGAAAUUAACUGGUGGAGCAGACCUGAUGCUGCCGGGAGUAGUGCUCUCGUCUACUGGCCUACCCGACGUAAAUCAAGGAGACUGCUGUGCUGUUAAUGUCGUGUCGAACAGAGCCCCGGUUGCUGUGGGGACAGCGGCCAUGUCGAGCAGAGAGAUGAGGACCAGUGGGAUGAAGGGAAAAGGAGUAAAUGUCCUACACACCUUCAUGGACCAGCUGUGGGCUUUUGGAGAUAAGACGGCGCCUCCUGUCAUCCCGAUCACCGAUCCCGCGCUCCAUGCAGAGGCAGACGUGGACGGAGGGGAAAGUGGCGAUGAGGGAACGGAAGACUUUUCGCAGGAGGGUGAAGGACAGAAUGACUCGGAGACGGCUGCAGUGGAAGCCACUUUUCAGAAUGUCCAGGAGCUCAGCCUCCAAGACGGGGAGAAAGAGGAGGAGACGAAGGAGAUGCAGGGAGACGAGCAGGAUUCGAGAUCCCCACAAGAGCAGAUGGAUGCCCUGCUGUUUCAGUGCUUCCUCCAUGCCCUGAAGUGUAAAGUGAAGAAGUCGGAGCUCCCCCUGCUGACCGGAACCUUUCUGCGCAAGCAUAUGGCUUCAUGCUGCCCUAAAGGAAAAAAUCUCGACAUCAAGAAAUCCAGCUAUAAAAAGCUCUCAAAGUUUCUGCAGUCGAUGCAGAAGGAGCACAGUCUGGUUCGGGUGAAGGAGUUGAGUAAAGGAGUGGACAGCAUUGUAGAGGUCGACUGGAAGAACCCUGAAUUGUGUUCUUUCUGCGUGCCGGAAGACUGGGAGCCGCCAGAGGAGUCCUCUGAGGAUAGAGAGAGCUGUGCGGAGGUCUACAAGCCACCUGAAAUCACAGCACUUUACGGGGUCACCGCACGCCUAGAGCCACUGUUCCAGGACGCAAAGAAAAAAAAGGGUGCGGUGCUACAGGCUACUGAGGUCAGGAGUAUCAUCUGUGAUUACGUGAAAAGAAACGAGCUCGUCCAUGAAAACAAAAGUUAUGUAAAAAUCAACCCUGUGCUGUGUGACUGCUUGCUGGACAAAUCAGAGUAUCAGGAGCUCGAGGUGUUAAAAUGGGACGACCUUUUCAGCCGGACUCUGAGCAGGAUGCAGUUGUGCCAUCAGAUGCAGUUUCCAGGCCAGGCUCCUGUGGUGCGUAAAGGCCAGGCGGAGCCCAUCGAUAUCUCUGUAGCCUCGAGAGGCUCUAACAAGAAGGUGACGAUAAUAAAAAACCUGGAGAUGUUCGGAAUAGAUCCUGCGUCGGUAGCAGACACACUACAACAUCUAGUCCAGGCCAGUUCCGUCCUCCACGACGUCCCCGGGGCUAAAGAGCGGCAGCUGGUGCAGAUCCAGGGCAACCAGGUGCAUCACGUCGGCAAACUGCUACUAGAGCAAUACCAGAUCCCUCGCAAAUACAUUCAGGGUUUGGAUAAAGCUCCAAAACCAGGCAAGAAGAAAUAACACAGGUCCCACCCUAGCGAAUGUACGUUGUUGUAACAUGGACAUAAACUACUGGCCUCAUUUAUUGUUUGUGUGCUAACUACUCCCCCAGCAUGAUGUUCAAACAACAGAGUUAAGAAAGUCAUGGAUUAAAAAAUAUACACAUUG